AUGGCCGAAAACACUGUUCCCCUCGCGGCCGUCAAGGUCGAGGCCUUGGUGGUGAUGAAAAUCAUCAAGCACUGCUCCCAGACCUUCCCCACCACCGCAACCGGCGCGAUCGUCGGGAUGGACGUCGAAGGCGGUCUCGAGAUCACCAACUCGUUCCCUUUCCCCGUCGUUGAGAUGCCCGCCGAGUCGCACUUUGACAACGCCGCCCCGAACCCUGCGGCUGCCGCACCCCGCGCCAAGGCGAACACGGUCUACCAGGCGGAGAUGAUCCGUAUGCUGCGCGAGGUCAACAUCGAUGCGAACAACGUAGGGUGGUACACCAGCGCCAACAUGGGCAACUUUGUCAACAUGAACGUGAUCGAGAACCAGUUUUUCUACCAGAAGGAGAUGAACGAGCGUACCGUGGCGCUUGUGCACGACGUGAGCCGUAGCGCCCAGGGCAGUCUGAGCCUGCGGGCCUUCCGUCUCUCGGCCAAGUUCAUGGCCGCAUUCAAGGAGAACAAGUUCACCUCGGAGGAACUGCAAAAGUCCACCUUCCGCUACCAAGACAUCUUCGACGAGCUGCCGGUGGAGAUCCACAACUCGCACCUGAUCACCUCCUAUAUCCACCAGCUGCAGAACCCCAACCCCUCUGGCCCAACGGACCUUCCGCCCUCGCUGAGCGCGCUCGAGUCUAGCCCGUUCUUCAAGUCCUCUACGAUCAACCCCAACUUUGACAACCUGUCACUCAGCAUCGAUCCCUUCCUGGAGAAGAACUGCGAUCUUUUGCUGGACAGUAUCGAGACUCACAACACCGAGGUCAACAACUACCAGUACUACCAGCGCGUGCUGGGCCGCGAGCAGCAGAAGAUCAACAACUGGAAGCAGAAGCGCAGCCAGGAGAACGCCACCCGCGCCACGCUCAAGCAGCCGCUUCUCCCCGAGGACGAGUGGCAGCGCCUGUUCAAGCUCCCCGCCGAGCCCAGUCGGCUGGAGAGCAUGCUCAACACCCGGCAGGUGGAGCAGUACUCUCGCCAGGUCGACAGCUUUGUGUCGUCCACGACGGGCAAGAUGUUUGCCGUCAAGGGCAACCUGCUGCCGGGCGAGACUGCCAAAUAA